CACCGCACGCGCCGCUGGCUCGGGAGCCUCGGCCGGCGGGCGCGCAGCCCCGUGUCCGGCUCCGAGCAGGCUGCGGGGCAGCAUCCUCGGCCCGUGGCGCGCGAAGCGGCCCGGCCCGGUUCCGAAGGCUCGCCGGGACCCGCGGGCCCUGUGAGUCAGUGCAUGUGCGGGGCUGAAGAAGGAAAGGCAAGGCUCCCAGCGCCCCAGCCCCACGUUCGCUGAAUACCAAGCUGCAGGCGAGCGGCUGGGUGCUUUUUUUUUUUUUUCCUCCUCCAAUUCGGAGUAGAGGAACCACACUGAUUUCUUUCCAGGGGAGGGGAGGGGCAGGGCGAGGGGUCCCAAGUCGCACACAAGUGUUCGCUGCCAUGGGGGCCGUCAUGGGCACCUUUUCAUCUCUGCAAACCAAACAAAGGCGACCUUCUAAAGACAUCGCCUGGUGGUAUUACCAGUUUCAGAGAGAUAAGAUUGAAGAUGAGUUGGAAAUGACCAUGGUUUGCCAUCGGCCCGAGGGACUGGAGCAGCUUGAGGCCCAGACCAACUUCACCAAGAGGGAGCUGCAAGUGCUUUAUCGAGGCUUCAAAAAUGAGUGCCCCAGUGGUGUGGUCAAUGAAGAAACAUUCAAACAGAUCUACGCUCAGUUUUUCCCUCAUGGAGAUGCCAGCAUGUAUGCUCAUUACCUCUUUCACGCCUUCGACACCACCCAGACAGGCUCUGUGAAGUUCGAGGACUUUGUAACUGCUCUGUCGAUUUUACUGAGAGGAACCGUCCAUGAGAAGCUAAGGUGGACAUUUAAUUUGUAUGACAUCAAUAAAGAUGGAUACAUAAACAAAGAGGAGAUGAUGGACAUCGUCAAAGCCAUCUAUGACAUGAUGGGGAAAUAUACAUAUCCCGUGCUCAAAGAAGACACUCCAAGGCAGCAUGUGGAUGUCUUCUUCCAGAAAAUGGACAAAAAUAAAGAUGGCAUCGUGACUUUAGACGAAUUUCUUGAAUCCUGUCAGGAGGAUGACAACAUCAUGAGGUCCCUCCAGCUAUUCCAAAAUGUCAUGUAACUAUGGACAUAGCCAGCCAGCUCUCAGAGACAUUGUACUGAACAACCACCUCUUAACACCUUGAUCUGCCCUUGUUCUGAUUUUGCACACCGACUCUUGGGACAGAAACACCUUUUACAUUUUGGAAGAAUUCUCCGCUGGACACUUUCUAUGGAACCCAGCAUUACAUGGCUCAGUCUCUGAUUGCAAACUCUUCCUUCUCCGUCUCUUGAGAGAGAGAAGAUGAAAUUGGGUUUGUUUUGGAAGCAUGCUCAUCUCUUCAUGCUGCUGCCCUAUGGAAGGUCCCUCUGCUUGAGCUUAAACAGUAGUGCACACUUUUCUGCUUGCGUGACCCAGCCCACUGCCUCCAAGUCCAGCAGACCUUGAUGUAUUGGAAGCAAGAUGACCUGAGCCAAAUGCACACCAUCCUCUGAUGGCCUCCCAAACCAAUGUGCCUGUUUCCCUUCUUUUGGUGGGAAGAAUGAGCAUUAUACAGAACAAUAUGAAUCCGUAUGACUAGAUUGGGAGAGCCAGCACCUAACAUAUGUAGGAUAGAACUGAAUUCUUAAGCAUGGCAUUGUCUGGUGACCCAAACUGCCCAAAUCCUUUGUUUCCAGAGGCAAGAACCAAUAAUUCUUUCUCACACUGGCAUCUGUGCUGGUAGUGCAAAUCCCUUGAUGUGCACAGGGAAAGAGCCAAUGCCCAGUGGUCCAUGCCCUCACUCCAUCUCCUGCUAGAGCCUAGCACUGCAUGCCCCUCCCAGAAAGCCCAGAAUGCCUGCAAAUUGUAAUUUUAUACCAUGUUCUAAUCAAUAAACAGAACUAUUUCUUACACUCUUAAUCUUCAUUUCC